UGCCACCGGUUUCCCGUUGACUUUCCAGUCCCAGGAACCGGUCACCACCGAGAGAGUCGUCGCACCCGAGGGUCUCAGAGAAGAGUUUGUUCUGCAGCACCAGAGCCCAGCAGGAAAAAAUGUCAGACGGUUUCUCCUUAUCCGACGCCUUGGCCACCGGCAACAACCCCAACCCCUCUGCCCCCCAGCCCCAAGGCUGGCCCUCUUGGGGGAACCAGCCUCCAGCUCCUGGGGGCUUCCCAGGCUAUCCUGGUCCUCCAGGGGCUUAUCCCGGCGCCCCGGCAGCACCAGGAGGAUACCCUGGAGCACCAGGAGGAUACCCUGGAGCACCGGGAGCAUAUCCUGGAGCACCAGGAGCAUAUCCUGGAGCACCAGGGCCAUAUCCAGGAGGACCAGCAGGACCAGGAGCAUAUCCAGGAGCACCAGCGGGACCAAGCCCGCAACCCAUCCCAGGACAACCGCCCAGUGGCCCUGGAUUUGGGACACCCACUCCACACGGGGGACAGGCCCCUCCCAUGAAAGUGCCCUUUGAGAUGCCCCUGCAGGGAGGACUCGUCCCUCGGCUCCUCAUAACCAUCACGGGGGUUGUCAACCCCAACCCAAACAGGUUUUCCUUGGAUUUCAAGAGAGGGAACGACGUCGCCUUCCACUUCAACCCCCGCUUCAAGGAGGACAACAGGAAAGUCAUCGUCUGUAAUUCCAUGUUCCAGAAUAACUGGGGAAAGGAGGAGAGGACGGCUCCGAGGUUUCCAUUUGAAGCUGGAAAACCCUUCAAGCUCCAGAUCCUGUGCGAGAUGGAUCACUUCAAGGUGGCGGUGGACGACGCUCACUUGCUGCAGUACAACUUCCGCGAGAAGAAGCUGAACGAGGUCACCAGGCUCUGCAUCGCGGGGGACAUCACUCUCACCAGCGUCACCCCGACCAUGAUAUAACUGCAGCUGGGUCAUUAAUUAAGCUGGGUCAUUAAGCGCUUGAGAAGUGCCUUCUUCUGGGAGCAUUUUGAGGUAAUAAAAUGUACUUUCACAAGUAAAA